GAGCCUUCAAUCGGAGGAAACGAAACUCCAUCUAUGUCACCGUGACUUUGCUCAUUGUGUCCGUGUUAAUUCUCACGGUGGGCCUCGCUGCAACCACCAGGACCCAGAAUGUGACUGUUGGAGGUUAUUACCCGGGAGUUAUUCUUGGCUUUGGAUCAUUCCUUGGAAUCAUCGGAUCAAACCUCGUGGAGAACAAACGGCAGAUGCUGGUGGCUUCUAUCGUCUUUAUCAGCUUUGGUGUGAUUGCGGCCUUUUGCUGUGCCAUAGUUGAUGGGGUCUUUGCUGCCAGACACAUUGAUCUGAAGCCCCUCUAUGCUAACCGGUGCCACUAUGUCCCCAAGACAUCUCAGAAGGAAGCUGAGGAGGUCAUAAGUUCCUCAACCAAAAAUUCUCCUUCCGCGAGGGUUAUGAGGAACCUUACGCAGGCAGCUCGAGAGGUGAACUGCCCUCACCUCAGCCGUGGAUUCUGCACACCUCGCAUCCGGGGCAACACCUGCUUCUGCUGUGACCUCUACAACUGCGGCAA